AUGAUUCAUUUGAGAAUAACAAUUUCUGUACUCUUAUUUAAACUCCUUCUCCUGUCGCAAUUUAUCAAUAUAGCAAUACAAAAGUCAGCACUUUGUUAUUUAUCCUAUCGACCAGCAGUCGAAUUAAUCGAAUUUGUAGAAGAGUUGGCUGAAGAUGCCAAACAAUACGGUGUGGAUUUAUUCAUUAUGGUUGACAAUAAUGACGUUAAUAUUUCCGCCAUAAACGUUUCGUCAAAUAUUCGACUACUGCAAAUUUCACGAGAGAAAUGCCUUCAACAUAAUUACCAUAAGGCUAUUAAUACUGGAGGUACCUGGCGAUAUAUUACAUCAUGGGACAAAUCUCUUCUCUAUUUCUGUUUGCUCAAUCGAAACUAUUCAUUUGUUUGGUUGUUAGAAGAAGAUGUUUUCAUUCCAAACGUCCAAGUAUUUCGCUCACUACAUGAAUUAUAUUCAAAAACGACUGAUUUGAUCGUUCCUCAUCAUACACUCAACCUGAUCGCAGCGGACGGCUUAUGGCGAUGGGCAAUGGCAUCGGGCAAGUUCCUUCCACCUUGGGCAUGUUCGAUGGUCAACGGUAUUGGAUUUAGUCAACGGAUGCUUUUAGCUAUCGACAAUUACAUUCAAUGGUUUGGAGAAAUACCAUUUCAUGAAUUUUUCUUCAAUACAUUAGCAGUGCAAUUAAAUUUUACGAUUGUCGUUCCAACUGAACUGAAUACUAUCGAAUAUGCAACACCGUACUUUUACAGAGAUGUACGUCAACAACCCAAUAACAUGUGGCAUCCGAUUAAAGAUUAUCCUUUGAGAAAAACAUGGCGAAGAAGUUUAGCUAAUGAAAGUUUGACAUAUAAUUAUACCUUUGAUUUGACUCAUCUACAGAUGUCGUGCAACGGAAAUCGAAAGACAGCAAAUCUCGACCAGUAUUUCAACGAGACAUUUGUGCACUUCGAAUCAAUCAAAGGGAAUUUCUCGACCGAUACUCGUCGUUCAUGGCGCCAACGCUUUUCUGAUCUUGCUCAAGAAUGUCAGAAACAAAACGCGUCUCAGGAAAUCGUAUCCUUCAUAAUGAAACUUGCUGAUCAUGCUUAUAAACUACCUGAACCUCCAGUGCCGGCGUUAGUGACAAGAAAAAGUGAACUUCACAUACAUUUAGAACAAGAAAUAAACGAAACAAAACGCGCUAUCUAUCAGUUUCCAACCAAUGGAACGACCGUUACCGAGCUGCGAAAUAAAAUAGUUGAAUUAAUCAAGAAAUUAACAGUCGAAAUGCGCCGAGAAAUCUUUGAAGAAGAAAAACUACGAAAUCAGACCACUACAUUAUCAACAGUCACUUCAUCUUCAACUACCACUACCAUUUCAUCGACAUCCUCUCCUGUUCCAGCGACAAUCCGCGUGAAAAAUGAACACUUUGACGAAAGUGGCCAUGACAUGCAUCAUCGUAUUAAGAAGAGUACGAAAUUAUUUACAAUAUUGGGUGUUUUCUUUAUAGCAUUGAUAUUUUGCAAGCGGAAAAGCAUUCCUCGACAUACUUCUUUCAAAAUUCUUUUUCUUUUACUGUUAUCAUUUGUUGCUAUAUUUAUCUAUGCUUUUGUGUUGAUUUGA